AGUAGGAGCGGUUUACCCCAUGCUACCUGGACGGUGACACAUUGGUAUGAAUCAGAUCGUUGACCUGCUACCCUACAGAGUCGCAGUGACUCGACGAAAUUGUGCUCCGGGAAGAAACUGUCGAUAGGGUUAGGGUUGCUCCUUUACGAGUCGACAGACCUUGACUAAAGUAUGUCCUGUACAUGUACAUCGGCCGUGAGGAUAUUCUUGAAUUCAGCACACAGAGGACUGUCUUGUUCUCGUAUUCAACUCUAUGCUUUGAGCAGACCUAGUUCUUGUGAAGCUCACCUACCUCCCAGAGUCCGAGUGAGGUCCUUCCAUGAAACGGCAGUAUGUUUCGUUGCUAAAGAUGGAACAACCAAGGAUGGAUCCAACGAUGGUGGAAAGAAGAACCUCGGUGAAGCAAAGAGACUUUCGGGCUCUUCUGGUGGAUCAGGGAAGGGGGGUAACCAGCUGCACUGUCCCAAAUGUGGAGACCCGUGUACACAUGUGGAGACCUUUGUAUCGUCAACACGUUUUGUGAAGUGUGAGAAAUGCCAUCACUUUUUCGUGGUGCUCUCUGAGACGGACUCUAAGAAGGGUCUGAAUACAGAAGCAGAGUCGCCCCCUGAGGCUGUCAAAAUGGCCUUCACACAGAAACCUCCCCCGCCACCCAAAAAGAUCUAUGCCUACCUGGACAAGUACGUAGUGGGUCAGUCCUAUGCUAAGAAGGUGCUGGCGGUAGCGGUGUAUAAUCACUACAAGAGAAUCUACAACAACAUGCCUGCUGGGAGCAGACAGGUGGAGGUGGAGAAACAGGCCUCGCUCACUCCACGAGAGCUAGAGAUGAGAAGGCGGGAGGAUGAGUACAGAUUCACCAAACUCCUUCAGAUAGCAGGGAUCAGUCCCCAUGGCAACGCUCUGGGAGCCUCCAUGCAGCAGCAAGCCACUCGGCAGGCUCCUCAGGAGAAGAGGGGCGGGGACGUGUUAGACUCCACUCACACUGACAUCAAACUGGAGAAGAGCAACAUCGUGCUGUUAGGCCCAACCGGAUCAGGCAAGACAUUGUUGGCUCAGACCCUGGCCAAGUGUCUAGAUGUACCUUUUGCUAUCUGUGAUUGUACCACCCUGACCCAGGCUGGCUAUGUGGGGGAGGACAUUGAGUCUGUUAUCGCCAAGCUGCUGCAGGAUGCCAACUACUCUGUGGAUAAAGCACAGCAAGGCAUUGUGUUUCUGGAUGAGGUGGAUAAGAUUGGCAGUGUUCCUGGAAUACACCAGCUCAGAGACGUAGGAGGAGAAGGUGUACAGCAGGGUCUGCUGAAACUCCUGGAGGGCACGAUCGUGAACGUUCCAGAGAAGAACUCCAGGAAGUUGAGAGGAGAGACGGUGCAGGUGGACACCACCAACAUCCUGUUUGUAGCGUCAGGAGCCUUCAACGGACUCGACAGAAUCGUCAGCAGACGAAAGAAUGAAAAGUACCUAGGCUUUGGCACACCAUCCAACAUGGGUAAGGGUCGCCGGGCGGCGGCGGCAGCCGACCAAGCUAACAGCAGUGAACAGACGGACAUGGUGGCAGAGAUGGAGGAGAAGGACCGGCUGCUGAAGCUCGUGGAGGCCCGGGACCUCAUUGAGUUUGGGAUGAUUCCGGAGUUUGUGGGGCGUCUGCCUGUGGUGGUGCCUCUGCACAGUCUGGAUGAAAAGACUCUGGUCCGUAUCCUGACAGAACCACGCAACGCUGUCAUACCCCAGUACCAGGCCCUGUUCAGCAUGGACAAGUGUGAACUGAAUGUAACCCCAGAUGCUCUGAGGGCCAUCGCCAAGCUGGCUCUGGACAGGAAGACAGGAGCCCGAGGCCUGAGGUCCAUCAUGGAGAAGCUUCUUCUGGAGCCAAUGUUCGAGGUUCCCUGUUCAGACAUCAUGUCUGUGGAGUUAACCAAGGACGUCGUCCAGGGAAAAUCAGACCCACAAUACGUCAGGGCUCCAGUGAAGGAGGCAGCAGAGGAGGACUAUGACUCUGGUAUUGAAGAGGAGAACUGGCCCAGACAGGUGGACGCAGCAGCAGCUAACAACUGAUCUGAUCCACCUUGACCUUUUACUGAAACUCAUUUUCAAGAACUGCUACAGAAUUUACACACAGUGUAAUCUAGAAUCAUUAGAACACCUUCUAGAACCUUUUUUGACCUCUCUCUCUCUCAAAGUGUUUUCAUAAGGAACAACUAGGAUGUGAGAUCUGUAAAUACCUGUUGGUCCUGUGAAUCAAGUGGUAGUUGUUUAGUUAUGAAUUGAAGGGUCACUAACAACGUGGACUCUUUUUUUUUUAUAUAGUGUAUAUAUAUUUUCCAUCUUUGGGGAUUGCCUUUUAUCUUAAGAGAAUGCAAUUUCUAUUCUAAAUGAUUUUAAGUAGGUGAUUGUGUUCUUUCCUGUUGUGUUGGGAUGAUGGCAGGUUGAAGUGGCAAAGGAAACACAUAUAACACGAAUGGGAUCAGCCAGGGAAACACAUAUAACGUGAAUGGGAUCAGCCAGGGAAACACAUAUAACGUGAAUGGGAUCAGCCAGGGAAACACAUAUAACGUGAAUGGGAUCAGCCAGGGAAACACAUAUAACGUGAAUGGGAACAGCCAGGGAAACACAUAUAACGUGAAUGGGAUCAGCCAGGGAAACACAUAUAACGUGAAUGGGAACAGCCAGGGAAACAUAUAACGUGAAUGGGAACAGCCAGGGAAACAUAUAACGUGAGUGGGAUCAGC